AUGAACUCAACCCAACACGAUGAGCUUGCACAGCUCUUCGCUCAAAAUAUGCAGCUCCACCAACAAGCCCCACUUGUCCAGCAGCAGCCUCCCAUGAUCGAGCAAGUGCUGCAAACGCCCGAGAAGGAGCAGCCGAUUGCAUUUGCUUCUGCACACUACACCCAAUCUGCACACGUGCGAGCAGAGUCGGAGCCAUCGCGGAGCCCCCCGCCGCCAUAUUAUGAGGCUGUGAUGCCAGAAGCGAUGGCCGAGACCCUGCGACAGCACUCCAUUGACCCCUACGCCCUCCUACCCAACCAAGUUAACCUCUUCGUCAACGCUGACUACGAGCAGAGACUCCGCCUUCUCGAGCUUUGGCGCAUCUCACCACCGUCUUACCCUCUUGAGCAGCACAUCACCGGACAGUGGCAGCGAACGAGCGUCGAGAAGGAGGAGCAGCAGGCCCGAGAGCGGUAUGAGCAACAAAUGAACACUCGAGCAGUACCACAGGAGGAACACAUGUCUGACACGGUAGCAAUGGAGCCGAUCAGUCCGAUCGAUCAGUCGGGCGAGACGUAUUGGCCUCCAGCUGCACGUAUGCGAGCUGCAUCGAUCGCUGCUGGUCAAGCACCCACAAAGCAGCAGGCAGAGGUCGAGCCGUACAUUGUGAAUGGCUACGAGAUGGCUGCUUCCAGACGUGCCGUGGACCCAGUCUACAACACUGGACUCUGGCAGGCGCCGAGCUACUCGGAAGCAACGGAGCAGCAGAGCGGUAUGGAGGAUCAGUACGGCAUGUAUGAGCAGAUCAGGAACCAUGCAGACUGGGAGAGGAUGAACGAGCAAAUUGCACGAGCGAGGUUUUCGGGCAUUCAUGAGCCAAUGAGCAUGGAUGACGAUAUGGUUAUGUGA